UCUCUGCAAAUUUGUUUGACUUUAUACACCAAUUUGGUGGUGCAGGCGAUAAUGGUAAUGCGAGACAUCAAGGCGUGAAAAAUCCCCAAGAAUACGAAAGCACGGUUUUAAGCUCACAAUGUGGCAAAUACUUAUGUCCAGAUACUGGAAUUUGUGUUGACGCUCCAAAAUUCUGUCCUUGUCCAUUCCCAUCAUCACAAUUGAGAUGCUAUUUACCAAAUGGUCGUUAUGUUUGUAUUUCAAAGCCAACAGGCGAAGGAAUUAGUCAACGAUAUGCUGAUCCAAAGACUAAUUACAAAAUAGAUGCUAAGGACGAUAAUAUACGAGACUGUGGGUGGGUUAACAGAGCUUGGAGAGCAUAA